AGCUAUAUAAGAGCCCUGCACCUAGACACAGGAGCGAAAGAAACCCCCUCCAGUGCGGUACCAGCAGUGGCAGCAGCGACGUCUCUCUCCUGGGCUCUCCUGCAUCACCUGUUCCCAAACUGGUCUCUCUUCUCAUCUCACUCUCUCUGUCUCUCUCUCUCUCUCUCUCUGUUUCUCUCCAAUUCCUUCCGUUUUCACCCUCUCUGUCCCCCUCUGCCGCACUCUCUGCUCUCUGCUCUCUGCCCUUGUGCUGUCCUUCCAGUGUCCCAUCAUGCAGUUUUUGACCAGUUUGGUGUCCCUCGUGCUGGUGCUGCACAGCGUGAGGGCGGCCGCUGUGCUUCCUGGGGACGACGGGAGCCUGACACACAGCAACAGGGAGCUGAGCAAAGAGCGCAAGGAGCUCAUCCUCAAACUGGUCUCGGGGCUCCUAGACGGGGUGGACAGCAACCUGCUGGGGGGCGACAUGGCCCCCGCGGAGCUGGAGGAGCCCCUGGAGUCCCGCCUGGAGGAGAGGGCCGUCUACAACCGGCUAUCGCAGCUCCCGCAGCGAGACCGCAAGGCUCCCUGCAAAAACUUCUUCUGGAAAACCUUCACCUCGUGCUAACGGAGCAAGCCCCUCCCGUUGCCCCCCCGACCCCCGCUCCACCCCAAACAGAUACCCCCCCCACAACCCAACAUGAACUGUGGCAGAUUUCCGCUGUACAUACCAUCCCCACGGUCCCGGGGACGAGCCUAUGGACUUUAUUAAUGCAGUCUUGUUUGUUGUAAAGAUUAACUUCGAUUAUAUUUAUUUAUUUAUUGACGAUCACAUCCGAACAACAAU